AUGCUCCCUGCAAAUUAUUUCCGAGCUAUGCCCGGCGCAAAACGAAAACCUCUACAGAUCCUCAUCAUGACAACCUCUCCACCGCUCAAGCCCCCAUCAUGCGCCGUUUCCACCCUUCAGCCCUCGCGGGCAUCUGUUCUACCCCCCCAAAACGAUUCUGUUCUUCAUCGCGCACCAUCCAAAGGUAUCAAAGCUCCCAAAUGGCAUCUUACGUCCCCUCUCCGCGCCGAUACGAAAAUAAGACUUGGUUAUGGUGCUUCUAUCAAUUCAUCCGAACUUCUUGGUCGUCGAGUGCUUGAUGUUCUAAAUGAUAGCUCAGGACGCCCUGUUACUCUUCACGAGCCGACCUUGGCUUCAUACAUCAUUAACAGCCCGCGACAGGCCACACCGAUCUAUCCCCACCAUGCGAAUACCAUCGUGUCGCUCCUCGAUUUAAACCUUUCCCGGCCUGGCGAAGAAGAAUACGACACAGAUCCCAAUCAUCCAACGGAGCCGUUUGAGAUAUUUGAGGCUGGUACGGGAAUGGGGAGCUUGACGCUACACCUCGCUCGUGCUCUUCAUGCAGCAAAUCCAGCUGUACCUCCAAGCCUGCGUAACACCCUCUGCACGGCACGGUACAGGACCGAUGGGUUUGGUCUUGAUCUUGCCGAUGAGGACCAGGCUGCCCUCGACUCUUACCGGUCCAGCCGUCGCGCCGUGUUGCAUACCCUUGACCGUAACGUUAAACACUCGCGCGCAGCACAUAAACUAAUUCGCCACUUCCGCCGCUCUUUGUACUUCCCUACUAUAGACUUCCAUGUGGGCUCCAUAGACGAGUAUAUCUCGUCCCGUCUGGCAGAGACGGACAACCGGCCUUUCUUGUCUCAUGCAAUCCUCGACCUCCCUUCCGCUCACGACCACGCUUCCCAGGUUAUUCAAGCCCUCCACCCUAACGGCCUUCUUGUCAUCUUCACACCCUCCAUUAGUCAAAUCGCUGAGUUCCAAACUUGGGUUGCUCGCACAGGACAGCCCAUGCGUCCCGAGAGGGUCAUUGAACUUGAGGUUUCGACGACGGCCGACGGUGUUCUCGAUUCUGGUGGUGGCAAGGAGUGGGAUGUUAAAACCGUGAUUCCUAGAGAAAACCCUGAAGGCGCUGCAGUACAGGUGAUGCGACCCAAGGUGGGUGAGCGAGUCACUGGUGGUGGGUUUGUAGCUGUUCUCCGGCGAUGGCCUGUUGAUCGGAUACGCUCGCAAAUUGAGUCCUCCACACAGGAGAGUCCUUCUGAAGUUGAGCCCGAAUUUGAGGAUGGGGUAGUUUGUGAAGCUGAGGGCACCGUGGAGGCUGAGCCAGCGAAGACUGAAUGA